AUGGAUAAAAUUUUUGCGAACCAAGUAGGAAGGAACAAGGAAGUAUAUGUAGAUGAUAUGAUUGUCAAAUCCGCCAAGUCUGGCGACCACUGCAAUGAUCUUAAGGAAGCAUUUGCUCAGCUAAGAAAAUAUCGUAUGAGGUUAAAUCCCGAGAAAUGUUCAUUUGGGAUUCAAGGGGGAAAGUUUCUGGGAUUCAUGAUAACAUCAAGAGGGAUAGAGGUAAAUCCAGAUAAAGGCAAGGCGAUCUUGGAGAUGAAAAGUCCAACAAGUGUCAAGGAGUUACAACGGUUAACAGGACGCAUGGCUGCCUUAGCACGUUUCUUGCCAAUGGCAGGCGACAAAGCAGCUCCGUUCUUCACUUGUGCUGAAUUGCGAUACCAAAAAAUCGAGAAGGCGGCUUUGGCAAUUCUAAAAACGGCGAGACAUCUUAGGCCAUACUUCCAAAGUUUCCAAAUCAAAGUUAAAACUGACGUUCCCUUACGACAAGUGCUCCAGAAACCUGAUCUGUCUGGGCGAUUGGUCAGUUGGUCAGUCGAAUUGUCUGAAUAUGAUAUACAGUAUGUGACAAGGGGGCAAGUUACAAUCCAAAGCUUGAUUGAUUUCGUGGCAGAAUUAACACCCACGGAAGGCGAGAAAACUCAGGGAGAGUGGGUCCUGUCUGUUGAUGGAUCCUCCAAUGAUACGGGAAGUGGGGCAGGAAUAACUAUUGAAAGCCCGGACAAGAUGGUCAUCGAACAAUCUCUGAAAAUCGAGUUUAAGGCGAGCAACAACCAAUCAGAAUACGAGGCACUAAUCGCCGGUUUAAGGCUCGCCAUUGAAUUAGGCGUUCAGAAAUUGUUCAUCAAAGGCGACUCACAGCUGGUUGUUAAACAAGUAAAAGGAGAGUAUCAGGUAAAGGAUCCACAACUUUCCAAAUACUUGGAAGUGGUGCACAGGCUAAUGAUGGAAAUAGAGAAGAUCAGGAUAGAACAUAUUCUAAGAAGUCAAAAUGAAAGGGCGAAUAUGCUAGCAAAAUUGGCCAGUACGGGGCGAUUGGGCAAUUAUCAAACAGUCAUCCAGGAAACCCUUCCUCGCCCCAGUAUUGACUUGGUGGAAGUUAAGUUAAAGGCGGUAAAGGCGGUAAUGGAAGGCGAGCCUUCGUGGAUGGAAUCAAUCAAAACUUUUCUCCAAAACCCACCAAAGGAUGAUAAUUUGAACACAAAAGAAAAGCGUAGGGAGGCUAGUUUUUACACGCUGGUAGGCGAUGAGUUAUAUCGGCGGGGAAUUAUGUCUCCUAUGCUCAAAUGUGUUGACAUGAGAGAUGCUCAGGGAAUCAGGGCAGAAGUUCACGAAGGAGUAUGCUCUAGUCAUAUAGGAGGGCGAUCAUUGGCAGUAAAGGUAUUGAGAGCAGGAUUUUACUGGCCAACAAUGAAGAAAGACUGCCUGGAAUACGUCAAGAAGUGUGAAAAGUGUCAAGUUUUCUCUGACUUACACAAAGCCCCGCCUGAAGAGUUGACAACCAUGAUGGCACCUUGGCCGUUUGGGGUCCCCAUGACCUUGGUAAUGGAUAAUGGGACUCAAUUCACAAGCAAUGUCACCAGAGAAUUUUGUGCAGAUAUGGGAAUUGAAAUGCGAUUUGCAUCAGUAGAGAACCCUCAGACAAAUGGGCAGGCAGAAUCAGCCAACAAGGUCAUUUUGAAGGGCUUAAAGAAAAAAUUAGAUGAGGCGAAAGGCCUUUGGGAGGAGGAGCUUCCAGGCGUCCUAUGGUGUAAGUCGUAUCAAGGUAUAAAGUACCGCGAGUAA